CUCUUCGCGCAAUGUGGCGCAACCGCCUCCCACGCUUGGCCAUCGGCGCGGCCGGCGUGACGGCUGCCUCUCUCAGUCGCUCGCUCGCGAGCUCCGACGCCGCCUCGCCGCCAGACGCGACACCGCCAGAAGCGGUGGCGGCGGAGAAGCCUCCGGAGGCCAAGGAGAAGCCUCCCUGCCUGCACACGCACUUGGUCGCCGACUCGUCGUCCGAGGUGAUGCGGCGCUACCCGCCCGCACACGAGCGGCAGCUCGCUGAGCGCGUCCUCCUCCGCCCGUGCGUCGACGUUGAGCGAGAGUCGACGACGAUGCGGGUGCUGGCCUACGCUCGCGACGGAAGCUCCGAGUCGCUGCUGCUCGCGUUGGGCGAGCGCCUGUGGCCCGAGGGAGCAGCGCUGCACCCGGGUGGCGUCGGCUACCCCGUCCUUCCAAUCUCGCUCGCUAAGCUCCCCGAGCCUCCCGAGCCGCCGGAGCCGCCCGAGCCGCCUGCCGAGUCUUCGGAGGCUAGGCCGGCGGCGGGCGCUGCGGAAGGAGAAAAGGGCGCGGCCGGGGGGGGGGAGGAGGAGGAGGAGGAGGAGGAGGCCGUCAUCUUGGUCACCCCUGCGUGGGAGCAAGCCGAGUCCCUCUGGAGGCAGCUCGAGGCGGUCGGCAUCCUCGAGCUCGAGCGAGACGCAGAGGCGCUUCCCGUGGCGGCGAGGCUCAUGCACGGCGGAGGCGGAGCCGGCGGCCGCUGGACAGGGGAGCUGCCUCCUGCCGCGGCCGGCGCUGUGGCAGGCGGCGGCGGGCGUGGGAGGCCUGCAUCGAGGCUGCGCGCGGCAACGGGGAGGACUUUGUGGAGCUGUGCGGCGCCGCGACGCUCGAGCUCAAGCGCUGCACCGACGAGCACCCAGAGUACUAUGGCGCUCUCGGCGGCGAGGGCGAGGCGGCCGGUGGCGGCGGCGAGGGCGGCGGCGAGGGCGGCGACGAGGGCGGCGACGAGGGCGGCGGCGGUGCGAAAGAGGCUGCCUCGGAGCAGGCGGCAGCCCCGGAGCCCGCGGUGGCGCCGCCGGUGCGGAGGAAGAGUCGGUACGGAGGCGCCUUCGAGUCGGAGGAGCUUGCCGCGCCGACGAGCGAGCCGCGGUACGGGGGCGCCUUCCGCAAGUAGCACAAGCCGGAAGCCCUUGAUCGGCGGGCGCCAACAUGCGGCCGCGUCGGUGGCUGGAGGGCUGCAGGGGUGCUGCGCCGGCGCCGCUUUCUCGGUCUCAAGAGUGGCGAGGCGUUCCUCGCCACUGAAGUUCGUUGUCAGAGUUGCGUCGCCGUCGGCCGCCACGCCAGGCAGCCCGAAAGCCGAAUGCGGCAGCGCCGGGUAGGCCGGGGAGACAUACGUGUAUGUUCGCAUGUCGCCCGGGGCUCGCACCCCCCGGCCCAUGCCCCGGCGCGGCCAC